AGAUGACAAUCUGGGAGUGUGCUGGCAGGAAGUGGGGCCUGACCUCGUUUGCAGUCGCCCUCGGCUGGACCGGCAGGCCACCUACACAGAGUGCUGCUGCCUCUAUGGAGAAGCCUGGGGCAUGGACUGUGCCCUCUGCCCUGCCCAGGACUCAGAUGACUUUGAGGCUCUGUGCAAUGUGCUGCGCCCCCCUGCAUAUGGCCCCCCACGUCCAGGUGGCUUUGGACUCCCCUAUGAAUAUGGUCCAGACAUAGGCCCUCCUUACCAGGGUCUCCCCUAUGGGCCAGAGCUGUACCCACCACCUGUGCUGCCCUAUGAUCCUUAUCCACCCCCACCUGGGCCCUUCGCCCGCCGAGAGGCCCCUUAUGGGGCACCACCCUUCGAUAUGCCUGACUUUGAGGAUGACGGAGGCCCUUAUGAUGAGUCUGAGGUUCCUGCCCCACCUGGCCGAGGUACUGGCUGGUCUUAUCGGUCCCGGGAUACCCGUGGCUCUUUCCGAGAGCCAGAGGAGUCCUCUGAACGAGGAGGCUAUACAGGUGAGCAGUAGGGCCAAUGAUGGACUGCAGUGAGCAGCCAC